AAACCAGUUCAGCUGAAUGACAUGUAUGAAAUCUGCAGAGACGAAGAGUACAGCUCUCAGGUCUGACACACGGAUGGAUUCAUGGUUUGGUUUUCAGUCGUUUUGUUGGGUUUUUAAGUGAAGAGUGAAGAAACCGAAGCAGCUAUGAGGAUCUGACGCUGAAACCAGAUGAACUCCUAACAAGCCUGAACACGAACUGGAAGGUUCAACAACACAGCAGAACACACGGUCUGCCUCCAGCCUCCACAGGUGCUGCCUGCAAUCUCAACAUUAAACUGAUGAAAAUCUCAGAAGUUGCUGUGAUAAAAUAAAGAGACAUCACAACAACAAAACAUUCUCCUUAGAUCAAAAUGAGUCUCACUGAUGACCCUUUACAAGAAACUGAUCAGAAAGAUGGUGAAAUACAUUCAGACAUCCAACUCAAACCAGACAAUGUUCGAGCGAAAGAUUUUCUUCAGACUAGAGAGACGGACAGAAGGACAAUCAGCCCACUCACUCUCAUCAAAGAGGAUCUCAGUCAGUUUAAGGAAGAAGUGCUGAAAGUGUUCAAGGAAAAAGAUGCUAAAACUUCUAGCCAGCCAGUGGAAAAGAGCGUUGACACUCUGACUCUACUAAGAGAAGACUUAAAUCAAUUUAGAGACGACUUCUCCAGCAUCUUCGGGAUCGGCCUUUCAAAGGAACGAGACGCUGCCAAAGAAGCACCAACUCUUCCUGCCUCCACCAACUCCUUCAAGAUAAAAGCCUCUGAUGAGCCCCUAAAGAGUCUGUUCAGGAAAGACAGAAAUCUUUUAAAGACGCCUCAAAGAGCAGAGGAAGCUAUAAAGACACCUUUAGGAAACAGUGAAGAACAAGCGGACGAUGGUUUUAGGGAAAAUAUCUCAGAUGAGCCUUUUGAUGCUGAGAAAACAGACAUGAAAGACAAGGUGAAUGAAUUGGAGGAUGGUGAGCUAGAUGAAAAAGUUUCUGAGGAGAAAGCGGAGACGAUUAAGAGAGAGGAGAUUAUAUCAACGACAGCCAGUUUCCCUGCAGAUCAGAGGUGUGAGAGUGAACAGUCUAAUGGAGACUCCUCUGAGGAAUCAGGAGAUGAAGAUGGACCUUCAGAAAGUCUUCCCUGGGAGACGCUAUCUUCUGGGAUCACUUUGUUUAGUCUGAGAGACGACCUGAGGGAUCAGCCAGAAGGAGAUCUGUGGUCACUGAAAAAUUUUGCCUGCUACCUGACGCUCGACCCUAACACUGCCAACUCAGAGCUCCAUCUGACUAAUGGCAACAGGAAGGUGUCUCGCGUCUGGUUGGGCCAUCGAUCCUCGGACCACCCGGAGCGCUUUGAGAGCUGCCCUCAGGUGUUGUGCAGGGAGGGGCUGCUGGACUCGGUGUACUGGGAGGUGGAGUGGAACGGCGGUGCUGACGUUGGAGUCGCCUACAACAACAUCUGCAGAGAUGGAGAUGUAGCGAGCUGCUUGCUGGGACACAACAAGCAGUCCUGGAGUCUGGAGUGCUCAGAGGGCAGCUACACGCCAUGCCACAACAGGAAGAGGUUCAAGUCCUUGUCGCCUGAACCCUUCACCCACAGAGUCGGGGUUUACCUCAACUGGUCUGCAGGUUCUCUGUCCUUCUACUGUGUCUCUCAGGACACUAUGAUCCACCUCCACACCUUCAACUCCACCUUCACAGAGCCUCUGUACCCAGCGUUCUGGGUGUGGGGAUAUGAUGGUUCUGUGUCACUGUGUCAGGUGGAGUUAGGCUGGGAACGACUGCUGCAGUGAAGCAGCAGAGAGGAUGGCCCAAACUGACCAAUCACAGCCCCUCUAGCUUCACCAUGACAACUCUGUGUCCAGUUUUCAGCUAUGUGCAUCAGUACCAACUUUAAUGCACAAAUAAAGUGAAAAUCCUGGGCCAGACAGGUGGAAAAUUUAUAACGAGAGGCCUUGGUGGCCAUGGACAACCGCACUUCAAGAGAUCUGCACUUAAGCUUCUGGAAGAGCGAUGAAGGCUAUGCUGCUUAUGAGCCAAGGAGGGAGCAUACUGGGAGUCUGCUCAUGUAACCAAACUUUAUGUUGUCUUUUCUUGCUCUUUAAUGGUGGUCUGCAUCAGAUGCAUUUAAGGGAAACUAUCAAAUAUUCAAUCAAAAAAUUUUGUCAUUCCUAUCGAUCAAGUGUCUUUCACUGCUAUAUAUCAAUAUAUCGACAUUGCUUUAUUUCUCAGGUCUAGUAGAUCAACUUUCAGACUCAACGAGUCUCAGCAGCCUCUCACUCUGUUUCUGUCUCCUGAAGCUCAGCGAAACGUUUAUAAACCUGCUGUAAUGAAACAAUGCCUGUGUCUGCUGCUGUAUGUGUGUCUCGUUCAGUGUGUUAUUGUGUACUGUAUGUCUGACCUGUAGCUGACUCUCCUGACUCCCUCGGGCCUCCUGCAGCUCUUUCUCCAGCUGCUCCAGACGAGCAACACGCAUCUGCAACACACACAAACACACAAACACAGUUCAGACAGAUGUGCACUGUUUCCACCAGCAGCUGUCUGCGUCGCGUCUCAUCCACAGAAACAACAAUUCAAACAAGAAAGAAUAGUACAUCCUGCUGAUACAUAUUUAUUAGUAUAAACGGCCAGGUCUCUAUUUGACAGAUUAAAUAAUGAUUUUUUGAAUGCUGCAAUUCA